AUGACAUCUGAAGAAAUGGCAGCUUCUGUUCUCACACCUGUGACUCAGAGAAAAGUGACGUCCACUCCAUCGGCUGUAGAUGAAAGUAGUGAAAAGGUCUCGGACAUCAGUGUUCCAAAGGUACAUAGUGUCAGGCAGAGCGGGCAGACUUCUACCAUCCCAUGGAUGAACAAGCUUAAAGAAGAAUCUUCUGAAAGCAACUUGCCCAAGAUUCUCUCCAUAGCAAGGGAGAAAACAGUGAGCGAUGAGAACAGCAAUGAAAAGUGCUGGGCAGAAAGCACACCAGUUUCUGUGAAAAACCUUAACAUUAACCACAACAACAUACUGACAAACCGCCAGUGCAUCCUUCCUCAGAGCCAGUGUUAUGACAUGUGCACUUCUGUCAUGGAGGAAGACCCAUGUUUGGAAACUGGAAUCCCAUCCUCACUGGAAAGAAAGGCAUUUCCUGGAAUUCAACUGGAAAUCGAUCGACCUCGCAUGGACAUUAGCCCCUUAGGAAGUCAGUCAGCUGUUGUAGAGACUGGCCAGGCAGACCCUGACAGUAACAUGGCAGCAUUUCACUUUCAUUAUGAAGUUGAGAGAAGAGUGUCAGAUGCUUUCUGUACCCUGUCAGGUAACUUGAUUUUGGAUGAUUGUGGAAACUGUGUACCACUGCCUGGUGUUGGUGGGGAGCAAAAGAAAAAUUAUGUGGCAUAUACUUGUAAACUCAUGGAAUUGGCCGAAAACUGUGAUAAUAAGAAUGGGCAGCUGCAGUGUGAUCAUUGUGACACCUUGGAUGACUUGAGCUUUGAAGGUUCUUGCCAAAGGGCCAGUGUGGUAUGUUCAAGUGACAGCUUUUGCAGGGAGGACUUGACUAACAGUCCACCUGCCAAGACCUUCCUGAGCCAUUUUGAGGACUUCCCUGAUAAUUGUGAAGAUGUAGAAGAAGAUUUUUUUAAGAGCAAAAAGGAGAGGUCCACUUUGUUAGUGAGGAGAUUUUGUAAAAAUGACAGGGAAGUAAAGAAAUCUGUGUAUACCGGGACAAGGGCAAUCAUGAGAACUCUGCCUUCUGGUCACAUUGGGCUGGGAGCUUACAGUUACAUCGAUCAGAAGAGAAGUGGUCUCUUAUUGCCCAGUGGGAGAAUUCUGGAAAGGCUGUCAGCGGUGGCGAUUAGGCAGGACGGGAGCCAGUGCCUAUCAGAAGCCCAGUGGUAUCAGAUCUACAAUGCAGUGAGAAGGGGAGAAGAAAUAGAAAAUACAAUUGGAUCUCUUCUCCAUGUCUUCACAAAGCUCCCAGCCUCCGAGACAGCCCAUGAAAGGAUAAGCGUUAGUCCAUGCUUAAAGCAGUGUGUCCGAGACACCCUAUGUGAGUACCGUGCCACCCUGCAGAGGACGUCCGUAUCUCAAUACAUCACGGGUUCUCUCCUAGAAGCGACCACAUCUUUGGGAGCUAGAAGUGGCCUACUCAGUACUUUUGGAGGAUCCACUGGACGAACGAUGCUAAAAGAACGCCAGCCAGGCACCUCCAUGGCCAAUUCCAGUGCCCUCCCUUCAAGUUCAGCUGGGAUCAGCAAGGAGCUGAUUGACCUGCAGCCCCUCAUUCAGUUCCCAGAGGAAGUCGCCAGCAUCCUGAUGGAGCAGGAACAGAACAUUUACCGAAGGGUCUUGCCAGUUGACUACCUUUGCUUCUUGACCCGGGACUUGGGCACUCCGGAAUGCCAGACAUCCCUGCCCUGCCUCAAAGCAUCCAUCUCAGCUUCGAUUCUUACCUCCCAGAACAGAGAGCACAAUGCCCUGGAAGAUCUGGUGAUGAGAUUUAAUGAGGUGAGCUCCUGGGUGACGUGGCUGAUCCUCACGGCGGGCUCCAUGGAGGAGAAGCGAGAAGUCUUCUCCUAUUUGGUGCACGUGGCCAAGUGCUGCUGGAACAUGGGCAACUACAAUGCUGUCAUGGAGUUCUUGGCUGGCCUCAGGUCAAGAAAAGUUUUAAAAAUGUGGCAGUUUAUGGACCAGUCUGACCUGGAGACCAUGAGGAGCCUGAAGGACGCCAUGGCUCAGCACGAAUCUUCCUGCGAGUACAGGAAGGUGGUCACGCGGGCCCUGCACAUACCCGGCUGUAAGGUGGUUCCCUUCUGUGGGGUGUUUCUGAAGGAGCUGUGUGAAGUACUGGAUGGAGCCUCUGGCCUCAUGAAGCUUUGCCCGAGGUACAAUUCCCAAGAAGAAACUCUAGAGUUCGUAGCCGAUUACAGUGGACAAGAUAAUUUCUUACAACGAGUGGGACAUAAUGGCCUAAAGAAUUCAGAGAAGGAGUCCACCGUCAACAGCAUCUUUCAGAUCAUCAGGAGCUGCAGCCGAAGUCUGGAGGCCGAGGAUGAGGACAGCCCCAGUGAAGGCAACAGCUCUAGGAAAAAUUCCUUAAGGGAUAAAGCACGGUGGCAGUUUAUAAUUGGAGAUUUGUUGGACUCCGAAAAUGACAUCUUUGAGCAGUCGAAAGAAUGGGACUCUCAUGGAUCAGAAGAGCCACAGAAGGCCUUUGACCACGGGACAGAGCUGAUCCCAUGGUACGUGCUGUCCAUCCGAGCUGAUGUGCACCAGUUCCUGCUGCAGGGGGCCACUGUCAUCCACUAUGACCAGGACACGCACCUGUCAGCCCGCUGCUUCCUCCAGCUUCAGCCUGACAACAGCACCUUGACCUGGAUAAAGCCUACCACUGCUUCCCCAGCCAGUGCUAAAGCAAAACUUGGUGUGCUUAGUAGCACGUCUGAGCCCGGCAAAUUCCCGUUACUGGGCAAUGCUGGAUUAAGUGGCCUGGCAGAGGGGGUCUUGGAUCUGUUUUCAGCAAAGGCUGUGUACAUGGGACACCCUAGCAUUGAUAUACACACUGUGUGUGUUCAGAACAAACUGGGUAGCAUGUUUCUCUCAGAGACUGGCGUGACUCUGCUCUAUGGGCUCCAGACCACGGACAAUAGAUUAUUGCACUUUGUGGCACCCAAGCACACAGCUAAGAUGCUCUUCAGUGGAUUGCUAGAACUCACGAGGGCCGUGAGGAAGAUGAGGAAGUUCCCCGACCAGAGACAGCAGUGGCUGCGGAAACAGUACGUCAGCCUCUAUCAGGAGGACGGACGGUAUGAAGGCCCAACUUUGGCUCACGCUGUGGAACUCUUUGGUGGCCGGCGAUGGAGUACACGCAACCCCAGCCUUGGGAUAUCCACAAAGAGUGCUGAGAAGCCCAGUGUGCAGAGAAACAACACCUUGGGCAUAAGCACCACCAAGAAAAAGAAGAAAACCCUUAUAAGGGGUGAGAGUGGAGAGGCGGCCGACGACGAGAUGGCCACGCGGAAGGCCAAAAUGCACAGGGAGAGCCGCAGCCGGAGUGGUUCCGACCCUCAAGACAUGAAUGAGCAAGAAGAAUCCGAGGCGAAUGCCAUCAUGAGCCUUCAUAACACUCUGCCUUCCAGAAGAGCCCAUUCUUUGACCACGGCUGGGUCUCCUAACUUGUCUGCCGGGACAUCAUCUCCCAUCAGGCCAGUGUCCUCCCCUGUGCUGUCUUCUUCAAACAAGAGCCCGUCCAGUGCUUGGAGCAGCAGUAGCGGGCACGGGAGGAUCAAAGGAGGAAUGAAGGGUUUUCAGAGCUUCAUGGUUUCAGACAGUAACAUGAGUUUUGUUGAAUUCGUUGAGCUGUUCAAAUCAUUCAGCGUGAGGAGCCGCAAGGACCUGAAGGAUCUCUUUGACAUCUACGCCGUGCCCUGCAACCGAGCCGGCUCCGAGCCGGCCCCCCUCUACACCAACCUAACAAUCGAGGAAAACACCAGCGACCUUCAGCCUGAUCUAGAUUUACUGACCAGAAAUGUCUCGGACUUGGGGUUGUUCAUUAAGAGUAAACAGCAGCUGUCCGACAACCAGAGGCAGAUAUCUGAUGCUAUUGCUGCUGCAAGUAUUGUGACAAAUGGCACUGGGGUUGAGAGCACGUCUCUGGGCAUCUUUGGGGUUGGCAUACUCCAGCUCAAUGACUUCCUCGUCAACUGCCAGGGAGAACACUGCACUUAUGAUGAAAUCCUCAGCAUCAUCCAGAAGUUCGAGCCUAGCGUUAGUAUGUGUCAUCAGGGGCUACUGUCAUUUGAGGGAUUUGCAAGGUUUCUGAUGGAUAAAGAUAAUUUUGCCUCCAAAAAUGAUGAGUCACAGGAAAACAUUAAAGACUUGCAGCUGCCCCUCUCCUACUAUUACAUUGAAUCUUCUCACAAUACCUACCUCACAGGCCACCAGCUCAAAGGAGAGUCCUCAGUGGAACUCUACAGUCAGGUCCUCCUGCAAGGCUGCAGGAGCGUGGAGUUGGACUGCUGGGACGGAGAUGAUGGGAUGCCCAUCAUCUACCAUGGACACACACUGACAACCAAGAUCCCCUUCAAGGAAGUGGUAGAAGCCAUCGACCGCAGUGCCUUCAUCAACUCUGACCUGCCCAUCAUCAUAUCAAUUGAGAACCACUGCUCAUUGCCUCAGCAACGAAAAAUGGCAGAAAUUUUCAAGACUGUGUUUGGAGAAAAACUGGUGGCUAAAUUCCUGUUUGAGAGCGAUUUCUCAGAUGAUCCAAUGCUUCCCUCACCUGACCAACUUAGGAGGAAAGUGCUUCUUAAAAAUAAGAAGCUAAAAGCCCACCAGACACCAGUGGAUAUCCUAAAGCAAAAGGCUCAUCAGUUAGCAUCCAUGCAAGCUCAGGCUUAUAAUGGGGGGAAUGCCAACCCCCCACCUGCUAAUAACGAGGAAGAGGAGGAUGAAGAGGAUGAAUAUGAUUAUGACUAUGAAUCCCUGUCUGAUGACAACAUUUUAGAAGACAGACCUGAAAAUAAAUCAUGUAAUGACAAGCUUCAGUUCGAGUAUAAUGAAGAAAUUCCCAAGAGGAUAAAGAAAGCCGAUAACUCUGCUUGCAACAAAGGAAAGGUUUAUGACAUGGAACUGGGAGAAGAAUUUUAUCUUCCUCAGAAUAAAAAGGAAAGCAGACAAAUUGCACCGGAGCUUUCUGACCUUGUCAUCUAUUGCCAAGCAGUAAAAUUUCCAGGCCUGUCAACUCUAAAUGCAUCUGGCUCUAGCAGAGGAAAAGAAAGGAAAAGCAGGAAGUCCAUUUUUGGCAACAAUCCGGGCAGAAUGAGCCCUGGGGAGACAGCAUCGUUUAACAAAGCAUCUGGAAAAAGUUCCUGUGAAGGAAUGCGACAGGCCUGGGAGGAAUCUUCUUCCCCCCUCAACCCAACCACAUCCCUCAGCGCUAUCAUUAGGACUCCCAAAUGUUACCAUAUCUCAUCGCUGAAUGAAAAUGCCGCCAAACGUCUGUGUCGCAGGUAUUCUCAGAAACUGAUCCAGCACACCGCCUGUCAGCUGCUGAGGACUUACCCGGCUGCCACCCGCAUCGACUCCUCCAACCCCAACCCCCUCAUGUUCUGGCUCCAUGGGAUACAGUUCGUGGCGCUCAACUACCAGACAGAUGAUCUCCCCUUACAUUUAAAUGCUGCCAUGUUUGAGGCCAACGGUGGCUGUGGUUAUGUUCUGAAACCCCCAGUUCUGUGGGACAAGAACUGUCCCAUGUAUCAGAAGUUUUCGCCCUUGGAAAGAGACCUGGACAACAUGGAGCCUGCCGUCUAUUCCUUAACUAUCGUCUCUGGUCAAAACGUGUGUCCGAGCAGCGGCACGGGGAGCCCGUGUAUCGAAGUCGACGUGCUGGGCAUGCCCCUAGACAGCUGCCACUUCCGCACAAAGCCCAUCCACCGGAACACUCUGAACCCCAUGUGGAAUGAACAGUUUCUCUUCCGGGUUCACUUUGAAGACCUCAUAUUUCUUCGUUUUGCAGUUGUGGAAAACAACAGCUCAGCCGUAACCGCUCAGAGAAUCAUCCCACUCAAGGCUUUAAAACGAGGAUAUCGGCAUCUUCAGCUACGAAACCUCCACAAUGAAGUCUUGGAAAUCUCUAGUUUAUUCAUAAACAGCAGAAGGAUGGAAGAAAAUUCCUCCAGCAGUGCCGUGCCGGCCUCUUUGGUAAUGAAGUUCUGUUUCACUGAGCACGUUUGCAAGCAUUGCUACGCUGGGGUUAAUCCUCUCCAUAACUUCGUGAAAUCGCUGUUGAUCUCCACUCCAUAG